AUGGAGCCAAAACCUGGAGCUCCCCGCCUGCGACGGUUAUUGCCAGCCACAGGCGGAGGGCAGCCACUAGCUUCUCCCGAACAGGCUGUUAGGCGGAAGAAUAUAACGACAGCAUGUGGUGCUUGUCGCAAACGGAAGUCCAAGUGUGACGGCGCAAGACCGAUAUGCCACCCCUGCAUCCGUAAACGGUCAGCCUGCGAGUAUACCAGCCAGCCGCACGAGACGCAGCUUCAGGCCCUGAAACGGAGAUACUCUGAGCUCGAACGGACAAAGUCCGCUAGGGAUGAAUUGUACGACAUUCUCCGCAUAUGCUCCGAUCGUGACGCCGAGCACAUAUUGCAGAAGAUCAGAACUGGCAUAAGCCCCGAUUCGCUAUUGCGAUGCAUUAAGGAAGCCGAUAUGUUGCUUCAAGUUACGUUGCCUCCAGAAACUCGGUUUCGAUACGACUUCCCGAUUGUUAAAACUUUCCCUCGUUCUCUUGAGAAUGAGGAUAAUCUUUACCUAACGCAGUCGAUCUUCCAAGCAAAAUUCAAUGUAGGGCCACAACGAGCUUCACCUGCCGGUAGCCCAUAUCAGAAGCCGUAUCAUGCUGCGCACGUCGUUGAACGAAAGCUUGACGACCUAAAUGUUUCGAGGUGGACUUCGGUCACGUCCAAUAACACCUUGAUAAGGAAUCUGCUCCGCGACUACUUUCUUCAUGAGUACCCGUACUUUCCGCCAUUUCAAAAGGAUCACUUCCUUGGAGAUAUGGCAGCAGGUAGCACCCGGUUUUGCUCGGAAUUAUUGGUCAACGCCGUUUUAGCGCGAGCUUGUCAAAAUUGCGACAUGAUCCAAAAUCGAGCCAACUUCUGGGACCCGGAUAACUUAUAUUAUAAGUUUUUUGCCGAGACAAAGCGGCUAUGGGAACUUGCGGACAAAGAUGGCGCUGUUGAAUUAACAACGAUUCAAGCCGCCAUACUAAUAGACCUCAGCUAUCGCGUAAAUGGUCUGGACAAAAUCGGGUCGACAUAUCUGCGACAAGCCGUCGCCAUGGCUGAGGUCAUGCAGCUUUUGAAUACAUUCCCCAACGACAUGGACAUGGAGGAGCGUAAUGCACGAGACUUUACUGCGUGGUGUUUGUUCUCGUACCAAGUGUGUCAGACCUACUACUUUUUCCAGAAACCACUUACCAACACCCGGCCAAUGGCACCGCUGCCAGAUCCGGCGCAGAGCAGGGACUGGUAUGGCGAGAUUUGGGUUAAAUAUCCCGCAGACGACACCAUUUACGCGACUCAUUUCGGCUACAGCUUUAAAGCCAUGGUCGAGCUUCACGCCUUAAUGGGUGACAUUGCGUUUCAAGCUUUCAGUAUUCCUGGUGAAAUUACGAAAUUGAGUUAUGAGGAAGCCCUGAUGCACCAGUCGAAAUUAGAUUCUUGGUUUAGCAGGCUGCCGGCGACACUGUCGCCUUCUAAUGCCGUGUUCCCGAAUCAGCUCAAAGUCCACCUAGAGUUUCACAGGACUGUCUGGACCCUUUUGGAUACCUUUUCCGAGGUUGCAACCGCAAGUGGCCAGCGUGGCAUAAUGACGGCAAGCGUUCACUUUGAGACGAUCAUGCGGCUUUAUUUCCUACGGCACAGCUACGCGUUUCCCGAUAGUUUUAUGAUGCUGUUCAUGGUCACCUUGGGGUUUAUAUCUAUCGAGCGGCUUACAUUUAAGGAGAAUCAAGCCGAGAUAAAUGAGAUUUGUUCCAUAAUUCUGCUCUGCGCCAGAGGUCUUUAUGAGCAAAGUCUGAAGUUUUACGUCGCUGAAACCUUGCUACACUUGACGAGGGGAAAGAUGGGCCAGGGCACCCUCGACAUGCUGGGCGCGUAUGUUCCUGCCCAGCGAGACAUUGACUUGAAGCGGUGCAUGGCGGCGAGACUAAAUAGAUCUGAGCUGCCGAUGACUGCUGCAAAAAGUGGCAAAGAUCUGACCUUGGUGAAGAUGGAGUCUAUGAUUAAGGAGUUUGAAGACUUGUAA